AUGGACAACAACAUGCUUGCAACUCCUGGAGUACCCAAGUACCCUCUACAGGAUGUUCCUGUUCCUUAUCGGUACCAGUUACGCCCUAUUGCAAGUUCUCAGAGUAAAAGAGCAGCAGCGACAGGAGCAGUUCAUUAUUCGUCACAGCAAAGGGAAGACGGGAGUGAGGACGAGGAACAGUGUCAUAAAAGAAUGAAGCCAAACCAACAGAAUGUUUCGAGUCCCGGUUUAGCGGAGGAUCAAGAUGGGCCUUUGCCCAUAUCUCCUAUAGCGUCGCCCUGUCAUACUCCGAAACUGGAGGAACCUAGCAUUGACGAGGUGAUCGGUACGGCUAUCAGUAGACUCAGUGGCUCUACGCCGCAUGCGAACGGACUGCCCAGUCUUAUAUUUAGGCUUGUUUCGAAUAUGGAUCGUACACAGCUCUCAGAUUUGGUGAACAUCAUAGCAGACAAUUUGAAGCGGGACUUGUUCCACUCGCUCCCCAACGAAAUCACAGUGAAGAUCUUGUUGAAUCUAUCGUCCCAGGACAUCUUUUCGUGUUUGUUGGUGAACAAGAACUGGAACAAGUUGAUCAAAGAUGCGUCCGUGGUUUGGAAAAGGCUCAUGCUCAACGAGGGCUUUGUCACGCACGACCAGUUCCCAUCCUAUUGCAACGGACUCCCAUCCAAAUACAACCAUUUGAUCAACCCUGACGAUAGAUUUAGAUUGGAUUUUCUGGAGAACAACUGGCUCCUCCAGAACUGGUACGAUCCAAGCUACAAGCCAGGAAGAACAUGUCUUGAUGGCCACAGCACAAAUGUGGUCACGUGUUUGCAAUUCGAAAACAACUACAUCAUCACCGGUGCUGACGACAAGAAGAUUAACGUGUACGAUGCGGAAAACGACCAGUUCUUGCUUGAACUCAACGGGCACGAGGGCGGUGUAUGGGCACUGAAGUUCGUGGAAGGAAACAUAUUGGUCAGUGGGUCUACAGACAGAAGUAUCAGGAUCUGGAACAUCGAGACGGGCAAAUGCACACACGUAUUUAAAGGUCACACGUCCACUGUUAGAUGCGUUGAAGUCGUCGAGUAUAACGGUACAAAGUAUGUAAUCACUGGGUCCAGAGAUAAUACUUUGCACGUGUGGAAAUUACCCAUGAACGCUGAGCCCGACAAAGAUAAUCGCGAACCUGCAGUGUUCAACACUACCGACGAGAACCCUUACUUCGUUGGUGUGCUAAGAGGUCACAUGUCAAGUGUGAGAACCGUAUCAGGCCAUGGAAGAAUUAUCGUCAGCGGUUCGUACGAUCACAAUUUGAUGGUGUGGGAUAUUAUAGACAUGAAGUUGCUAUAUAUCCUAACGGGCCACACAGAUCGUGUUUAUUGCACAAUAUAUGAUCACAAGAGAAAUCGUUGCAUAUCAGCAAGUAUGGAUACUACAGUGCGGGUCUGGGAUCUCGAAAAUAUCAAGAAUAAUGGAACAAUAUCGUCGGUGUUUUGUAAUAACACCACAACUACAAAAGUGAGCGGAAGCAUGAAGUGUCUAUAUGGCCAUACUGCUUUGGUCGGACUACUAUGUUUAUCGGAUAAAUUUUUAGUGAGCGCGGCUGCAGAUGGUUCCUUACGUGGUUGGGACUCUAACGACUACUCGAGGAAGUUUUCAUUCCACCACACCAAUCUGGCUGCCAUCACCUCCUUUUCGAUGAACGAUAACAUUCUAGUGAGUGGCUCAGAACGCCAAUUUAAUGUGUACAACCUCAGGACAGGAAAAUUGAUACAUAGGAAAUUGCUCACCGAUGCAGAACAAGUAUGGGGCAUUAAAUUCAACAACAGGAAACUAGUGGCCGCGAUUGAGUCGGUAGGUCACAGUUACGUCGAAAUCUUGGAUUUCGCAACAAGAAAUGGCGACAAGACCCUAAGAACACGGACAAGAACUAGAGUUGACCAACAGAUAGAUCAUAACUCGCUUUGGUCUUCGACGCUAUGA